AUGGGGAGUCCGGUUUCCGCUAUCAUUGCCAACCUCUACAUGGAGAGUUUCGAAGAACAGGCGAUAGCUACAUCAUCCUACAAGCCUAGGAUCUGGAAACGCUACGUGGACGAUACCUUUACCAUCCUGUAUCGCGAAAACGUAGACGACUUCUUGCUGCAUAUCAACAACCAUCAGCCUUCCAUCCGCUUCACCACGGAGACAGAGAAAGACAACAAACUCGCCUUCCUAGACACCGCAGUUUUAAGAGAGCCUGACGGCCGCCUCACCACCAGCGUAUACAGGAAGCCCACACACACCGAUCAAUACUUAGCGUAUGAUUCACACCACCCUCAAUCAGUAAAACGCGGUAUUGUUAAGUGCCUUUACGAGGGCGCCAAACGCCUCGUAACAAAACCCCCCGUCAUCUCCGAGUAGAAAAAACAUCUGUCAUCUGUUCUGGUUUCUAAUGGUUAUCUUUUUUCUUUCUUGCAGAAACUUACCAAGACCGGAAAACCAAACAACAGUGCCGAACCCACCAACGAGUUCAAAGCCACUGCGGUUUUACCUUAUGUUAAAUGUCUAUCCGAACAGCUUCGCCGUUGCCUGAAACAACAAGGCGUACGCGCUGUUUUCAAGUCAGAGACUACGCCGAGAUCUCAGUUAGUACCAUCAAAAGACGCUGUCGAUCCGGCUAAACAAGAUGGUGUAGUUUACAGGAUUCCCUGUGAAUGCGGCAAGGUGUACAUCGGAGAGACUGGAAGACCUAUGCUAGACAGAAUUGAGGAGCACGAUCGAGACAUUCGACUCGCUCGUACCGAGACCUCCGCCGUUUCAGAACAUGCCCAUAACACCGGACACAAGCCACUCUGGAACGAAGUAAAGUUUAUUGAUUAA